GCGUCUCUCGAGGGUCGCGGGAGAAUCGCAGCUCGUUGCGAGAGGUGCAAGUUGCAGCUCUGAACGGUAAGAGAAGAGAGACGAUCGCGAGGCGGAUAGACGACGAUGGGACGAAACGAACAGCUGGAAUGACGGAGAAGAACGAGCGCGCGAACGAGCGAGAGGCAAGUAGCUGGACCGUGGUGCCUCCACCAUGGAGACGGAUGCUACGAUGCGGCAGAUCGAGAGGGAGGAAGAGAAUCGGUUGGAGGGAGAGCUCGCAAGAGGGGGAGGAAGGAAUGGAGAGAAAGAGCGAGAGCGCGAUCGGCCGCAGUAAGGAGCGAGAAAGACGACGAGAGAAGGCCGCGGUAGUCUUUCUCGCCCGACUAGGUGAGAUAAGGACGAGGCGGACAAACGGACUGACGAAGGUGUCUAAGGUAGGGGAUACUCAGUCUCGCGGCCACGUGCUAUACGAGCGCACGCCCUGAGCCGGCCGGCCAGCCAGCCAGCCAGCCAGUCAACCUGCCAACCUUAUCUACCUUCCAAGAAGCCGUCCUCUUCUUUGUCACCUCGUAUAAUCUCACGCGCCUUCCCUCAAUCAUUCCAUCUGAUCUUGUCCGUCCAUCCUUUGUUUUUCUUCUGAUAAGCUGAAAAUUGAUCGAAAAGUCAAGUGACGUGGUUGCCAGCGUGCGGUUGCUACGAUUCUCCAGUGUACCCUUUACAAAAGAAAAAAGCGUAAAACAUAGUGAUUCCAAGAAGAAAUCACAGUGAUUAGAAGAAAAGAUACUUGAUUUCUACGAUAUCAAUUAGCGUGGUCUGCGUGGCAACAACCCCAAGGUAAAUUCUUCCCGACGGACUAUCACUAAUAUUUUCAACAACGCGAGUGUGCAUCAGACGGAUGCAAUUUGGUGCAAUGACGUUAUCGCGACGAGGACGAUCGUGAACUGUUUGAUGAUACGAAUAAAGUGUACGAAUAAAGAAUGUGUGUUUUCUGUGUGAGAGGCGACAUGAUGCAUAGUGUCGCGGCGGACUGACGUUCUCACAGACGUAAUAGUGCGCAAGACUGAACGCAGGAUUCAUGUGUAGCAAGAAGUGGAGUCGUUGAGAGAAGGAUAAGCGGAGUUAUCGGUGGAAAGUUUCCCACGCAGUGACAGCCACGGCAAAGGCACGGAGAAGACGUGCAAUAUGUUGACUCGCUGCGUUGAACGGGAGGAGGGCAGGUCAGGUUGUAGGCCAAGACGGCUGACACCGAAGGAGUAAAACGCGUCGAAUGGACGUGGGCGAUUUAUCGGGCACGGCAGGAUUGGUAGGGAGCGGAUCCAUCUCGGUUGCGACGGGUGUCGGUAUCAUCGCCAACACGACAUCCGCCACCCCAGGGUGGUGGACGCCUACGUCGACGAUCGCCUCGGCAGCGGCCAACACUGACGUGAUGAAUCAGCUCUGCAGGGUUUGCGGAGAGCCGGCCGCGGGUUUUCACUUCGGGGCCUUCACGUGCGAAGGCUGCAAGUCUUUCUUCGGACGCACCUACAACAACUUGGGCAGCAUCUCCGAAUGCAAGAACGGUGGCGUCUGUGUGAUCAAUAAGAAGAAUCGCACUGCGUGUAAGGCAUGCCGCUUGCGAAAAUGUCUGUUGGUGGGAAUGUCCAAAUCUGGCUCGCGUUACGGUCGACGCUCCAAUUGGUUCAAGAUCCACUGCUUGCUGCAGGAGCAAUCGCACCAGGCGCAAACCCGCCUGAUCAAGGAUCCCAAAUCUGCGUACGAAAAAGCCUUCGGUUCACUGGACGCCGCAAACAACAACAACAAUAACAACAACAGCACCGAGAACGCCAGCAGUACCAGCGCCAGCAGUAUCGCCGGAAUCGUCACCACGGCGACCACCACGGCCAACAGUUACCAUCAUCUGCAUCAUCAUCACCACCCGGACCGGUUGCCUAAAAGGGAGGAUGGUGCGCUCAGGCCGCCGGAAGUGUCGCCGGUGCAAUUGCGGUCACCCGACGUGCCGCCCAGGACUAGUCAGGACGCGAUCCUGAGGUCCGGCGAUCUCUCGAGGGGUCCGCACGAGCUGCUCAGGCCCGAGGUCUCGAGGUUCCCCAUGUGGCGAGGUCCACCGUUGUUUCAUCCAGCGCUUACGCACAUGCAGCUGCUGAACACGCCGUUCUUUCCAUUCCAGCAACGUUUCAUCGUACCUUAUGUGAAUCAGGUAGGCCCACCGCAGAUGGUGGCCAGUCUGUCGAGCACGUCCAGCGAGAGCGUGAGUCCGCGAUCGACCCCGUCGCCGACCAAGAGAAGCGAGGAGGCGCGGGAAUGCCGCGAGGUCAGCCGCGAGGCAAACACCGAGCGGGAUCGGUGUCCGCGAAGAGGAUCGAUCGAGGUCGCGUACGACAAGAGUGUGGCGUUCCUGCGAUCUCUCGGGCCGGUGCAGGAGGAGCCGAUGGAUCUCAGCAUGAAGGAUACGCGGACGGACGGACAGGAGGCGGACGCUGGUAGCGUGGAGGAGGACGAGGACGAGGAGAGGUCGAGCGACAGCGAGGGCAACGAGCUUCUGCAGGACACCGGACCGCCCCUGGAUCUCACCCGGAAGACAUGACCUCGGAUACCGAAUGGUGCUCGAUAGCUGCUUAUUAGAAUUUGGACUCAAUUGGGACAGAAUCGUCACUGAUGUCGCGAAGAGGUAACGAUGCGACGUCAUCGAGAUGAUGAUGGAGGACCCUUAUAAAAGAAAUGAAGGUUGCAUGAUCGAAACUCUCGACGAAGGAAAAGAAAGAUGGACGUUCGAGAGCAGAGACGUAUGAGACGGGUGGGAAACCUGCAAGAGAUGAGGAGGAGUAGGAGGACGGAGGGAAGGAAAGGUGAGGCGAGGACGAUAAUGGAGAAGAACGCGCGAAUCUGCACGAGCUACGGAGGAGAGAAGGAGAGAGAGACAGGGACAGAGAAUGAGAGGAGGUACAGUUACAUCGUAAUAACGCGGCGAGCAAGCAGCGCGGCGGCCAAGUGUCAAAGGUGCCUUGGCGCAAGAAACGAGAAGACGACCCCAAGGGGAAAAGAGGAGUAGCCGAAUACGAUUACACUGGAACGACACGAGGGAAAAGCGGGAGAAGAGCGCGCUGUCGACCGACGUUCGAAGAGGAGGAAGAGAACGAAGAAGGAAAAGUGCCGCGCGCAUAGCCAGCCGGUAUAAACGGCUUUUACGAUCGGCGAUCGUCCGAUCGAUGAAAAUUGCUCAAGCCGCUCGUGUAUCAGCCGACACGCAGACCCUUUUGCCCGGGUCGGCAAGCCCGGCAAGCGGCAGGUGUACGUUGAUGGGGCGGCGAGGAUGUUGGCUCGCGACACGUUCUCCCGCGUCCGAGGAAAACGUACGACGGACGAUUGUGCCUUGAAAGCGGUGCCUUUAAAAGUGUGCCGGUGAUAGUUUAGCGACGAUUGAGCGACGUAUGUAUUAGCGUUAGCGUAUAAGCGUGGUGACACGCUCAGCGAUGGCCAGUGAGUGUUCCGCGCCAACGUACUAUCGCGCCAACGAAGCGGUGUUCGGUGGGUUUACACGUCCAUUCGCCAAAGUGUCAGCGUUGACGCGGCACGACACGGACGAGGACAACUCGGGCGUCGGAUAAAUUGUGAUUUCGCGAAUUUUCUAUACUUUUAGCGCAUAACUUAUAUUUUUCUCGAGUCUGUCGCGCGGGAGAACACAGGGACCACGCGAGCACAAACGAAGAGGUCACUUCGGAUCGUGCCAAUCGUCCGCGCGGUGAGAUUAUAAUUGUAAUCGCACAAAGUACAAGUAUAACGAGAAUAGAGAGGAUGUACAGGAGAGAUCGCCGCGAUCGGACGAUACACACGCGACCGCCGGGGUACCGCCGCUCGUGUGUCUUGUCCGAGAGCGCCAAGUGAAAUAAAGAAUAUUGUAUACCUGAA